UGCGGUGCCGUGAUAGAUAAGCGGCCAAUUUUUUUCAGGAAUCGCGUUCCGUUACUACUAACCAGAUUUCUGUGGCCAUAUCCCAAACAGAAUAUCGGAACAGCAAAUUCUGACUUUUCAGGGAAACCGAACAUAGCCUUUUUUGAUACUUCAAACUUCAAUUUUGAUAAACAAAUGUCAUAAUAAUAACCUCAUUUCAAUAGAAUAUAAAUUUUUAAUGUAGAAUAUUUGAAGAAAAUGGGAAAUGAACAAUCCGAAUUAUCAGGCGUAGAUAUAGACAAAAAAGCAGUUGAAAUAAGUGACUAUUGGUCUCAACAUUCAGCCAGCAUUUUAAAAUCUGAUGGUAGUUGUACGAGUUUGUCAGUAUUCAUAGGAGAAUUAUUUGUCAGUGGUUCUUUAUGGUCUACCCAAACUCCAUUAGAGAAAUGUGCGAAGAAUUCAAUGAUUUUUCGACAUCCUUGUAUGAUAAAGUACGUUUCGUCGUGGCAAAAAAACUCAAGAUUUUACUUAGCCGUUGAAGAAGUUGUUCCCCUUUCACAUGUCCUCUCAUCUCUGAAUAUUUUGCAGAUAUCUGUUGGACUAUGUUCCAUUUUAAAAGCUCUAUGUUUUCUACAUCAAAAUGCAUUUGUUUCCCAUAAUAAUAUAUGUUGUACUUCAAUAUAUGUUACCAAAGAUGGGAACUGGAAGUUAGGUGGAAUGGAAUAUCUCUGCGGCUAUAAGGACAUGAACUAUGAUUAUCUAGCUAAAACGAGAUCAAGCAGAUACAGCAAAUCAAUAGACCCAGAUGAAGAUAAACUAUUACAAAAUGAUCUUGGCAGAAAGGAUUUUAUUGAUGUCUAUGCAUUUGGAGUGUUUGUGUGUGAAAUUCUCAAAUCUAAAACUGAUGAAAUAUCAACACUUUCAUCCUUUCGUGACUACUGUAAAAAUGAAUUGCAAAACACAGACAUUUCCAGGAGACCAAAUUUCAAGUCACUAUUGGAACAUGAAUUUUUCAAUCAUGAUUUUAUACAGAUUCAUUCGUUCUUGAUGGAACUUCCAUUGAAGAAUGAUGAAGAGAAAAAAUUGUUUUUCCAAAACUUAGGGGUAAAACUCCUAUCCUUUGACGAGUUAGUUGUUGCUUCUCAACUUGGUGGAUUACUUUUAUCACGUUUGGUUUUAUUUAAUAAAACUGCCCAAGAGAAUUUACUACCACUUCUGCUUAUGGCAAGAUCAGAUAAACCAGAGGACGGAAAACCAAAAUGUAUUUUUUCUGAGGAAACCUUCAAGCAGUAUCUAUGCCCAAAACUGUUGGAGAUCUUUAGAGUCAGAGAUGCUCAAAUUCGUUUAUUACUGCUGUAUCAUUUUUCCAAUUUCAUGCACAUUUUCACUUGUGAGGAACUGCAGUCUUUCAUUUUGCCAGAGCUUCUGGUUGGAAUCAAGGACACUAACGAUCAUUUGGUUGCCAUGACGCUGAGAACUUUGGCUGACUUGGUACCGAUACUUGGUGCUCCCACAGUUAUCGGAGGUAAACGAGGUAAGCUAUUCAAUGAUGGCCUGCCAACUCAUUCGAAUCGGAGACUAUCUCGAGACUUGAAACGUCAAGAUUCAGUGAGUAUUAUCCCGAAUCCUAGCAACUUAUCCAGUGAAGUAGAUCAGAUAAGCUUGAGUAGUGUAGAUGCACAAUCAACUAUUGAGAAUUUGAACGAGCUUCCAGAGCGACCAAGACCAGAUGGAGAAGAGGGAGAAACGUCUACGGAGGAAGUAGAGGUUUCUGUAGAAGAAGACCUAGAUAACUGGGAAGACUGGGAUAUUAAUGAAACAAACUCCAGUAGUAAUCGUCCACCUGCAAUCACAAGUGAUGACAUGAAAGUCGUAGAUAAUCUUUCGAAAAAUGCUGAAAAUAUAUCAAAGGAAUCUAUUAAGUCAAAAACAAUAAUUCCUGAUAUCCAAGAUCUAGAUAUAAAGAACCAGUUGAAUACAGUGUACACCAACGAUUUUGACUUCUUUCAGGACAUGGAACCAGUAAUUGAUGCGUCGAAUAAGUUUCCCAUCAAUACCGGUGACAAUGAUAUCUCAUUGGAAAAAAAAUUCAGUAGUAAACUUGCCUUGAGUAUGGAAGAUAGCAAUGAGGAAGGUUGGGAAGAGGAAGAAUGGAACUAAGUUUCACUUAUGUGAUUAUGUAUAAUAUUCUAUUGUUGAUAAUAGUUGUAAGUGUUUCUAUAUGUACAUUAUAAUUUUUCCUCUGUU